AUCCAACGGGUCAUAACAAGCCUCCCCCCCCCUCUCCAUCCUACUCUACCUUCCUCUUUUCUCGGAAUCCCCUCUUGCUUCCGACCAACAGCCACCGGUGAAAUCCCUAUCUUGCCAUCCCCAAACCCCCAAUUUACCCUCUAAUUUUAUAGAAAAGUUGUCUGGGGUUUUCUUCGUAUUUUGAUGGCGGAUUCGGACGAUGAGUCGGGGGAACAGAACCACAACGGCGGAAACGCCCACAGCGAAGCGUCGGGCCGUGAGCAAGACAGGUUUUUACCCAUUGCGAACGUAAGCAGAAUCAUGAAAAAGGCGUUACCGCCUAACGCUAAGAUAUCCAAAGACGCUAAAGAAACGGUCCAGGAAUGCGUUUCCGAGUUUAUCAGUUUCAUCACCGGUGAAGCUUCCGAUAAGUGUCAACGUGAAAAGCGGAAGACCAUUAACGGCGAUGAUUUGCUGUGGGCCAUGAUGACGCUAGGAUUCGAAGAGUAUGUAGAGCCCUUGAAGAUUUAUUUGCUCAAGUAUAGGGAGAUGGAAGGCGAGAAGAGCAGUAUGGGAAGGGGAGAAAAAGAUGGAGCUAGUGGUGGCUCUUCCGGAGGGGCAAGUGGUGGUGGCGGCGGCGGAGGGAGUGUUGGUGGAGGUGGAGUUGGUUCGGGUGGCGGUGAAUUUAAUGGGGGAGGAGGGAUGUAUGGAGGUAUGAUGAUGGGGCAUCACCAAGGGCACAUGUAUAGUUCUGGUGGGUUCAUCAUCAAAUGAAUGCUAUUGUCAGGUUAAGAUAGAAUGUUCAGUAGACAUGGGGGUGUUAACUGGGAAAAAAAGUAGAACUGUAUGAAUCGUGUAUGUUAUUCUGUUUAUUAGUAGAUGGAUGAACUGACAAACUUGAGAAGUUUUCUGACAGCUGUAAAAAGAAACUUCUUUUGGACAAUACAUAUACAUGUUCCUCUCCAAUUGUUUGCCAUUUGUAUCCAUAAUAUUCUAUGCUUGAGCUGUGGGUAAACCUUAGCCUAUCCUCAUAUGGGAAUGACAUUCCUUUUAUUUUCUCAUAUAAAAUGGGACCCUAAUUGUCAGA